AUGCUCGACGAGAACCUCCCGACAUUUCGCUUCAAAACAUCAUCAGAGAACCCGCUUAACAACAUUCUCUACUUUUCACACAAUGGAUCAGACCCUGCGCCCGAAUACCUUCUGAAGCGACCGUCUCCCUCCGAUGCCGAUGGACAAUAUGCGCUCGGCAUCUUCGACUCGCAAAACACCUCUGUGAUCUACGCAGAGGUUGAUGUCAAGCCUGACUGGGUAGCUCCUACACUGUCUGCCGCUGAAAUUCGUGCGCAGAAUGGCAACCCGCCGCCUAAGACACCAGCUACGCCAGAAAGCUUUGAUGUUUUGCUUUACAACCCAGACCAAGCCAUCGCUGUUAAGCAACACCCAGGAAGCUGGGGUAAGACGGAUAUUUGGGAGUUUGAACUUCCCGAGAGAUCCUUCAAGCUACCCAGCGCCAGUCAGAUAGACCAGGAGCAUCGACCACCCAUUACCGAGUUGGUUCCCAAGGUAGUCUUUCGAUGGAAACGCGAUGGUCGUUUGAGCAAAGAUAUGACAUGUUAUAUGACUGGUAGAAAUGUUGGUGGAAAGAAGAGCAAGGAACCCGACAUCACUGUCGCCUUUUUUCGAGCCAAGCACGACUCGACCAUGACCAUCUACGAACCUAACAUGGCUCGAGUUGAGAUCGAGGAUCGAAGAGGUCUCGAAAUCACUCUUCUCAUGAGCGCCGAGACCAUCAAAGACCUUUACUUGAACCCAAGCCAAGAUCCUUUCCACCUUCUCGCUUCGUCUAAUGGCCGACGUCGACAGAAUUCCAGACCGGCAGCAAAUUCUUCUGCAGGUCCAGUAAUGACAGGGGCUUUAAACAACAACCGGCCAUCAUCACCCCCUCGAGCGCAGGCUCAGGCACAGCCGUCGAACAAUAAUGCGCAACGUGAGGCCGAGGUUGAAGCCGAAACACGACGGUUACAAGCAAUGGUAGCCGAGGAAGAACGAAAGAGGCUCGAACGUGAGAAGCAGGAGGAGGAUGAACGCAAGAGGAUUCAGAAGAUGCUUGAGACCGAAGAACAAGAACGUUUGAAGCGAGACGCCGAAGUUGACAAGGAGACAGAGCGACUACGUCGAGAGUAUGGUAUGGCUGGUCAGGAAUUUGACACACCAACUAAUCCUGGGCAUCCAUCGCCACCAUUACCUCCGCGACCACAGUUCGCUUCUGGCCCGGCUCACGCUCCACUAAACUCAUCCAGUCUACCCCAGAGACCCUACAGCGUUGGGCCAACACCAAACGGUCAGCCCCAGCCUAGCAUCUUCGCCCCGCCCCCGUCUCAAGCGAAGCCUUCGCAGCCUGGUCCCAACGAGAAUGGCAAGAAGCGCCAUGGCUUGGGUGGCCUGCUGCAAGGAGCAGCCCCUUAUGCAGGACCUGCGGCGGCGAGUGUCAGCGGCUUCUUUAGCAGUCGAAAAGAUGAGGACAAGCGAAAGAAGGUUCAAAAGAAGCGAAGUGUGCAUUUUUAG